AUGGGGAGGAGGAAGGUGCAGAUGAAGCGAAUCGAAGAUAAGAGCAGUCGCCAAGUCACCUUUUCAAAACGCCGCUCAGGCUUGAUCAAGAAGGCUCGUGAACUCUCCGUUCUCUGCGACGUCGAGAUCGCUCUCGUUAUCUUCUCCAGCCGCGGCAGGCUCUACGAGUUCUCUAGCGCCGACGGUUUGACCAAGAUUCUUGAACGUUAUCGAUGUCACUAUGAACAGGAAUCUGAAGCUUCAAAAGAUGUUAAUGAAUCCCUCCGUUCACAUACAGAGCUACUGCAUAUAGUCCAAAGCCAACUGGAAGAACCAAAUGUUGUGAAGCAGAGUGUGAUGGACCUUGAAAAAUUGGAGAAACAACUUGAUAUGGCACUUUCCGAAACAAGAUCUAGAAAGACACAAUUGAUGAUGGAGUCCGUAAUGACCCUCCAGGAAAAGGAAAAGUUGCUGAGAGCAGAAAAUGAACUUUUAGAAAGAGAGAUUGCAGCAAUGGAGAAGAAUGAAGAUGAGGGGAAUGAAGUGGUGAUAGGGUUCAGCAAUCACCAACAUUUGGGUAAUCUGCGCCAGCAGCCAACGCUUAGCUUGCUUCAAUAGCAAUAAUAUUGUGUUAAUUGGCUAUGGACCUGGCUCUAAGGUGCAAUGGAGCUACUGCCACCGCGCCUGUCAACUUUUAAGCACCAAGUAACCAACCGAAAGCACGCAGAGAUUAUAAUGUCACCGUAAUAAGCUUGUGGUCAAGUAACCUUGGAUCCAACUCCAACCCGCUUGUAAUAAGUAUCCGAGAACCUCUCAAAUACGGUUCUUUUUUUUUUUUUUUUGGCAUGGAUUUUGCUUUCAUAUCUGUCACUUGUGCAGCUAAACCUAUAUGUUAUCAGGGUGAGUACAUUAGUUUUCAUGUUCCCACGCAAUCUCAUCUGUGUCUGUCUCUCCCGUCUGAUGCUGUAAUUUGAUUCAUAUUUAUUACUAAUAUUGUUGUAAAAACAUAGGUGGAA